GUGGGAAACUGAAUUUUGUUUAUUGUAUCAUUUUUUUGAGUAAAAAUUUGGCAACUUGGUUGUAUCUCUAUACUCGAAUUUAGAAAUUAUAUAAUGAGAAAGUACCAACCAUGCCAGAAGACUGUUUUCCAUUCUCUCCCAUCUUUAGUUUCUUCUCAUAAAUUCUUCCUUUUUCUAGUCUUCUUCGAGUAUGAACUCAACAAACGCGGUAGUUAUACACGUUCUCCUUAAUCAUUUCGCCAUUUGUAGCUUGUAUACAUGAUCUCUCUUACGUCGAACCACAAAAGAGGGAGCUGAGAUUUAAAAAUAAGAAUGUCAAGAGUUCUUUAUAUUUUGAUUCUUAUUCAUUUUUACUUCAUCUCCAUUUCUUUUAGCCAACCAAAUUUCAUAACUCAUUUGUGUAUAGACACAUAUGGUAACUAUACAAACACUAGCACAUACCACACCAAUCUCAACACCUUCUUCACUUCGAUAUCAUCCAAAACUCAAAUCAACUCGCGCUACUAUAACUUUUCAAUUGGCAAGGACCCUGAUCAAGUAUAUGGGGACGCGCUAUGUGGAAGUGAACUAUCCUUCCAAGAUUGUUAUACAUGCCUCAAUAACUCAAUUAGUCUGCUUCCACGGCUCUGCCCUACACAAAAGGAAGCUUCUGGGUGGUACGAUAAUUGUAUGCUACGCUAUGCAAAUCGUUCAUCUGCAUUGUCGAGCAUGAGCUCAAGACAACCUGCCUACUACUUAACAAACUCCGCUAGUGUGCCUGAUAAUAACGCUAAAGACUUUGAUGAGGUGCUGGGAUCGCUAUUGAACAAGAUUCAAAAUGAAGCUGCUUCUGGUGAUUCUAGACUUAAGUAUGCAACCGGAAAUGGUACUUAUGGAAGCUUGAAGAAUGUUUAUGCAGUUGCUCAAUGUUCUCCGGAUUUGUCAUAUCGAAACUGUUUUAAUUGUCUUGGUGAUAGUAUUAAUAAUGUGCUUCCUAGUUGUUGCAAUAACAGUAUAGGAGCACGGGUUGUUGGAUCUAAUUGCGAAAUAAGAUACGAGCAGGAUCUGUUUUACAACGUUACUAGUCCUCUUUCUCCUCCACCGUCGACAGCACCAUCUCCUCCACCACCAUCAGGAAAUGGAAGCAACACGGCAAUAACCACCGUACUUAUCAUAGUUCCGACAGUUGUAUUAAUUGCUGUUGCAAUUGGCUUCAUUUACUUGUAUCGAAGAAGGAAGACAAGGAAAAAUGUUGAAAGUUUAAAUGAUGAAAAUGAUGAUGAAACCAGAAGUUAUAUGUCUCUGCAAUAUGGUUUUGACACCAUUAGAGUGGCAACAGAUAAUUUCUCAGAUGCUAAUAAACUUGGUCGAGGUGGAUUUGGUUUUGUUUACAAGGGAAAGUUAUCAAGUGGACAAGAAAUCGCAGUGAAGAGACUGUCAAGGGAUUCAGGACAAGGUGACGGCGAGUUUAAAACUGAAGUUAUGUUAGUGGCUAAGCUUCAACACAGGAAUCUUGUAAGGCUCCUUGGCUUCUGCUUAGAAAAAGAAGAAAGACUACUCAUAUAUGAGUUUGUUCCCAACGCUAGCCUUGAUCACUUCUUGUUUGAUGUAAGCAUGCGUUCUGUUUUAGAUUGGCAAACCCGAUACAAGAUUAUAAUUGGCAUAGCUCGAGGAAUUCUUUACCUUCAUGAAGAUUCUCGACUAAGAAUCAUCCAUCGUGACCUUAAAGCCAGCAACAUUCUUCUAGAUGAAGAUAUGGCUCCCAAGAUUGCAGAUUUUGGUAUGGCAAGGUUAUUUGGAGUUGACCAAACACAGGGAGAUACCAGUAGAAUCGUCGGUACCUAUGGAUAUAUGGCACCAGAAUAUGUUUUCCAUGGAUUUUUCUCCGUAAAAUCAGAUGUCUACAGCUUCGGCAUACUAGUCCUAGAAGUUAUUACAGGUCGAAAGAAUUCUGGCUAUCAAAAUGGGGAAUACACAGAGGACCUAUUAAGCUUUGUAUGGAGAAAUUGGAGGGAAGGUACAGCAAUAUCAGUCAUUGAUCCAACAUUAUCAACGGCGUCUAAAACUGAUAUAAUAAGAUGCAUACACAUGGGCUUGUUAUGUGUUCAAGAAAGUGUAGAUGACCGUCCCGCUAUGUCCUCUGUCGUAUUGAUGCUUAGCAGCCGCUCGCUCUCAUUGCCGGUUCCUUCUCAUCCUUCAUUUGUCAGUGUGAAUGCGACUAUGGACACUAACUCUGAUAAUCAUAAGGAAAGACAAUUAGUGAGUUUGUCCACAAAUCAGGAUUCCAUCACUGAUCUCCAACCACGUUAAACAGAUUGUUUGUGAAGACGCAGUUUAUCUCUUGGGGGAUAAAAGUUCAGAUUAAAAUGAUAGAGAAAUUAAAUUAGUGGUUAAGUUAUUAUUUUGUAAACACUUGUAUAAUCAAGAUCACUUAUAUAAUCAAGAUCACUUAUAAUGUGAACCA